AUGUCGGCGAUCGGGGCUCUGCGCGAACUCGAGAAGGAAAAGAAACGACCCAACAAUGCUGGUGUCGUGAACCUGUUCCUGAAUCUGCCGACCCGUAUUCGUCAGUCUGGCCCCGUCAAGGGCGGCAUCAACUUUGCGAUCAAGAGCUGGAAGACUUCUGGCCGAUGGUUGUGGGUCCUCUCGACGACGUUGCUGGUGACGCUUGUGCCCCUCAGCAUCGAGAUGCUGCGUGAGGAGCAGACGAAUGAAGUGGUGAAAGAGCUCGUGAGCAAGGGCUUUAGUUACAACCAGAUCCAGGGAAUGGGCUAUAUGGUGUCGCAGCCGGACAGUACACUCGCGGCGCCAGCUGGAGGCGCCACUCAGUAA